AUGCGACUCCCAUCUUUUCGCCGAGUGUCCAAAACCAUGGCCCAGUUGCAGGACCUAGUCAACAACGCGGUAGAGCCGCUACCGGCAAUUAAAGACCAGAGCUUCGGCUCUCACUUUGAUAGUUUUGCAGACAGACAGGUGGUUCUUUUGGGUGAUGGGAGCCACGGCACAUCCGAGUUCUACCAUGCGCGAGCAGAGAUCACCAAGCGAUUUAUCGAGAAGCAUGGCUACACGAUGGUUGCAGUCGAGGCAGACUGGCCGGAUGCAGAAGCAAUCGACCGGUAUGUGCGUCUUCGCCCAGGUCCCAAAGCCCAGAUCGGGGGCACUGCAAAGGGAUAUGAACCGUUCAAGCGGUUCCCAACCUGGAUGUGGCGCAAUCGUGAAAUGCAAGAUUUGGUUGAAUGGAUGCGCAAUCGCAACCAAAACCUACCACCGGAACGCCGAGCGGGAUUUUAUGGACUGGACCUGUAUAGCAUGGGUGCCUCUGUCCGCGCUGUGAUCGACUACCUGGACCGGGUAGAUCCCUCGGCCGGCAAGGAAGCACGACGGCGAUAUGGAUGCCUGGAACCCUGGGUCGACGAUCCAACUACCUACGGCCUGGCAUCACUGCGCGGCAUGGAGAACUGCGAGAGCCAGGUGAUGGAGAUGCUGCGCGAUCUUCUCGAGCGGCGCCUCCAGUAUGCGCAGCACGACGUGCGCGACGGCGAGGAGUACCACAGCGGCGAGCAAAACGCGUAUCUAGUCCGCGAUGCAGAAAAGUACUACAAGGCGAUGUACUACAGCUCCGCCAGCUCGUGGACUCUACGCGACACGCACAUGUUCGAAACGCUGCAUCGGCUACUGGAGCACCGGCCCCGGCCGGCCCACAAGGCGAUUGUGUGGGCGCAUAACUCGCACGUCGGCGACGCCCGCUACACCAGCAUGGGUACACGACGCAACGAGAUCAACAUCGGCCAGCUGUGCCGCGAGCGGCUCGGUCCGCAGAACGUCGCAAUCCUCGGCUGUGGCACCCACACCGGCACCGUCGCCGCCGCGCACGAGUGGGACGAGGACAUGGAGGUCAUGUCUGUUCGGCCUUCUCGAGACGAUAGUUGGGAGAUGCUCGCCCACGACACUGGCAUCCCACGCUUCCUGCUCGAUCUCCGUCGAGACCGCAUCGAUCCCGCCUUGCGGGCUGCCUUGUCUGCGGAGAAUCGCCUCGAGCGUUUCAUUGGUGUCAUUUAUCGUCCUGAUACUGAGCGUAUCUCGCACUAUUCUCAAGCCUUCUUGCAUAAUCAGUUUGACGCUUAUGUCUGGUUUGAUGUGACCCAGGCUGUCAGGCCUUUGGAAGUCAUCCAGCCUGCCACGCCUCUUGGGAAGGGCGAGACGUAUCCAUUUGGUCUUUGA